AUGGAUUUGGAACCUCCUACUCUUGCCACCGAGCCUAAUGUGCAAGUUAAUAAUCCUGAUCCUACUCCUGUCGUUGACACUCCCUCUGGCUCAACUCCAAAUAUUGAUAGUACCCCACAAACUGCUGUUAGUUUGAAUAAUAAUGAUGCCUUUGGGGUUCAAAGGAAGCUUGAAGAUCCAAACAUGCCUGAAGAGUUUGUUGAUAACUCAGAAUGUGAAGUAAUUGCUCUAAAUCCAGAGCCAAGUAAGCAAGCUAAGAAGGCAGGGUUAAAGAGUGUGUGGUUAUCUAAAGAAGCUCAGUAUAAAGCUAAAUUAGCCAUUGUAAAGUGGUUAUAUAUGAAUUGCAUUCCAUUUAAUGCUGUAAAUUGUCCAUAUUUUUUGCCUGCUUUGGAUGCAAUUGCUGCAAUUGGCCCAGGUUUUAAAGGUCCUUCAUUUGAGGAGUUAAAGGUUAACUUGUUGACUGAUUGUAGAAAAGAGUGUCAACUACUUAUUGAAAGCCAUCGGGCCACUUGGAAAGAAAGUGGCUGCACACUCAUGGUUGAGGGCUGGAUUGACAAAAGGCAACGGACAUUAAUAAAUUUUUUAGUUUAUUCUCCUAUUAGCUUGGUUUUUGUAAAGUCUGUUGAUGGUUCACAUAUAGUUAAGGAUGCCAAGAAUUUGUUUUCUUUGUUUUGUAAAGUUAUUGAGUGGGUCAGUCCUACAAAUAUAGUGCAUGUUGUGACUGAUAAUGCAACUAAUUAUGUAGCUGCUGGUAAGUUGAUUCGUGAAAAAUAUAAUCAUAUUUAUUGGUCACCCUGUGUUGCUCAUUGUUUGAAUCUUAUUUUGAAGGACAUUGCAAGCAUGCCCCAUGUAGCUGACCUUGCAACAAAGGCAUCAAAAAUUAUUGUUUUUGUGUACAAUCAUAUGGCUUUUCUUUCAUGGCUUAAGAGAAGAGAUGGUUGGACAGAAAUUGUGCACCCAGGAGCGACCAGGACUAAAGUUGGGCAACUAGUUGGUGACAUUGUGUUGGACAAGAAAUUUUGGGAUGAUUGCCAUCAAAUUGUAUGUCUUGUGGGUCCUCUUAUCAAGCUAUUAAGAAUUGUAGAUGUUGAUGAAAAACCAUCUUUGGGUUAUGUUUAUGAGGCUGAAGAAGUUACAACUCCAAAUCCUGAUUUCACUAUUGAGAAAAUUCAAAAUGAAGAUUUUCUUGGUGGAAAUGCAUGUCCCUUUGGAUUCGGUCCUGAAUUAAGGGAAAAUGAAGGUGUUGUUGAAGAUGUCAAUGUUCUACAAUCUCCUAUUUUGGAUUCAUUAAAUGCUAUAAGAGUUGAAGGAGAUGUUUGUGAUCUCCAACAUGAUUUUGGAGAGUUUAAUUUAAAAGAUUUAUAUGGCAAUUGA